AUGCGCUCGCUUUUUAACUCCCUCGCGGUGCUCACCGGGCUCUUGACGAGCGUCGCUGUCGCCGUCCACCCUGUGGAGGUCCAAGGCCAGGAUCUUAUCGACACCGUGACAAACAAGCGCUUCAUGAUCGUCGGCGUCGACUACCAGCCCGGAGGCCAGGCAGGCUACAAGCCUCAAGAGGGUAGUGACCCCUUGACGAACAAGUCUGUCUGCUUGCGCGAUGCCAUCAUGCUCCAGAAGCUGGGCGCUAACACGAUCCGUGUGUACAACGUGGACCCCACCCUCAACCACGACGACUGUGCCUCCAUCUUCAACUCGGCCGGCAUCUACAUGAUCAUUGAUGUCAACGGACCGCAGUCGGGUGAGAGUAUUAACAGGGCAGAGCCGUGGACCAGCUACCACAAGGACUACCUGAAGAGGAUCUUUGGCGUGGUGGAGAACUUCAUGGCCUACCCUAACACGCUCGCUUUCUUCUCGGCGAACGAGGUUAUGAAUGACCUGGAUACGGGCAAGGUUAACCCGCAGUACAUUCGCGCCGUCCAGCGUGACCUGAAGUCAUACAUCAAGGAGCAUGCUAACCGCACGAUCCCUGUUGGAUACUCUGCCGCUGAUGUUCGCGAGAUUCUGCAAGACACCUGGGCGUACAUGCAGUGCGACAACGACGGCGAUGGCUCUGAGUCCGAUAUCUUCGGUCUCAACUCGUACUCCUGGUGCGGUGGCAAGGCCACCUUCCAGAGCGCGGGGUACGACACUCUUGUCGAUAUGUUCGAGAACAGUUCCGUCCCCGUCUUCUUCUCCGAGUACGGUUGCAAUGAGGUCAUGCCGCGUGUGUUCGACGAGGUGGCGGCCCUUUACAGCGACAAGAUGGCUUCCCUGAGCGGCGGCCUCGUCUACGAGUACAGCCAAGAGGACUCCAACUACGGCAUUGCAGUCAUCAACGACAACGGCACCGUCACCCUCCGCAGCGACUACGACGCCCUCCAGAAGCAGUUUAACAAACUCGAUACCUCCAAGAUCGCGGCGACCGGCACCAAGAUCAAGGCCCCGAAGUGCGACAAGAAGCUCAUUACGAAUGACGCUUUUGACACCAACUUCACCAUCCCUGCUGUCUGCCCUGGCUGCCAGACUCUGAUCAAGAACGGAAUCGACAAGCCGACAAACGGCAAGCUCGUCAAGGUCACUCAGAUCGCGUCGCCGAACAAGAUCUACGGGUCUGCUGGCGGCGAGGUCACUGGCCUUAGCCUCAAGCUACUCAGCAACGACGGUGUCAAUGCGCCUAGCGGCGAGACAUCGAGCCCCAAGGGCGCGGCAUCGGAAUCUAGCACAUCUACUUCGGCAGAUGGCGCCUCGGGGUCUUCUAAGCCUACGGGUGCGGCUAGUAAGCUUGCUGGCGGCUGGACUCUGCUCGGUGCUUCGCUCGUGGCUGCGCUGACGUUGUUGUGA